UAUAACAAUAAAUAAAUAACAACAAAUAUAUAUCAAUAAAUAAAUACGAAAAAAUAUUUUAAGAAAAACACUGAAAAGGUAGAAAACAUGGGACAGAAGACGAUCCUGGACUUAAAUCAAUAUGGUUUUUAUGAGUUACUCAAACAAAUAAAAAAAAAUUGUGAAAAAACAAACCCAUAUGAGACACUGGAAGAAAUUAAAUACCGUGAUUUCAUAAAUUUUAUCGGGAGCUGCAAACAGUUUGAAGUUCUGUUUUAUAAGUGGGAUAAAGUCUUGUACAGACGAUUAUUUAUACCAAAUUUAACUUUCGCGAGUCACGUAUACAUCCACUUCGAUGAACUAUACACACGACUUAAGAGCUUGACACCCAAAGUAAAGGAAACCUAUUAUAAAUCCGUAUAUCUUGCUAUUAAAGAGAAUGUCAACUUGAAGACUGUGGAGUUGAAAUACCACGCAGAAAAUUAUCACAGUGAGCACAUGGAGGUAUUUUCAUUUUUAAUGAAUGAGCUUAGGAAAAAGAAGAGUAUAGAAGUCUUGAAACUGCAUAUUCCUGUAUACACCAUCGAUGACCUUUCGGGAUUCGGAAGCCUCAUUGAACUCAUUUUACAUGUGAGAGUGGACGUUGAAGACUUGUGUAGAUGCUGCUCUAAUAACCGAAACUUGAGGAAACUUACUGUUCUCAAUGACCAUAUGAUGGGAAGGCGAUUGGCCGAUAUCGCACCACAUUGCAGUCAAGUGAGACGAUUUACAUUUUUGAUGAAACCCGAAUGCGAUGCCUUAGAAUAUGCACCACUGGCCAAAAUGUCCAUGCUGGAACAGUUGAAGAUUUGUGGAGUACACGAACCAGGCACCUUAAAGCCACUUUUCCAAGCACUGGCCAAUAGACAAUCCGAGGCGUUUAGAAAACUAUCCAUAGAUAACGCUCUUUUAAAUUUUGAGGACACAACGGCAUUAUCUCAGAUCAAACUGCUAAGGGACUUAAGAUGUGGCUUUGUGGACCCGCAAAGUUUUGAGCCCAUCUCCAAAUUGUUUUACCUAGAAUAUCUGGAAGUACUUUCAGAACAUGAUUUUAGAACAAUUUCACAGCAAAUGUGCAGAAUUCUUGAAGAUGAUCAGUGGAAAAAAAAAAUUCUCUUCAAAGACUGCUAUAUAGAUUACAAUUCAAAGGGGCAUCUGGGCCUUGUUCUUAACAAUGUUCAUGCCUCAGAUUAUGGUGGCUUGUUGACGGUUCCACAUUUAAAAAGCCUCGAAAUUAACGGCGUUUACAAGCCAGGUUCACUUGUAGAACUCUUCAAAAUGCUGGAUUUGGUUAAAUUGCCCAGUCUGACGAUAAACACACUGAAACCCUUUACGAGUGAUUAUGAAAUCCUUGUUGAAAAGGGCUGGAAGUUAAGAAGCCAAAUCGUACCGACGAUCAAUGCAGAGGAAACAUUAGCAUUGUCGACCUGCAGGGAAUUAAAGAAUUUAGUUUGUGGCUUCUCAGAUACCACGAACAUCCAUCUUCUGCAAAACCUCAUAGAACUUAAAGAGCUGGUCGUUACCACUAAACCAUCGAAUGGCUCAUUACGGGCUCUGUUCAGCGCUUUGGCGUCUGAGGAUGUGUCAUGCCUUCAAUCUUUCCGGCUCUCAUCAGGAACAAUCGAUUCUCUGGAGGCUGAGGAGUUGUCUCGAAUAAAGUCUUUAAAGAAAGUGGAAUGCGGGUUUGUAGAUCCUCGGGACAUCGAGAAAUUUUCGGACCUCGCUUCAGAAAGCCUUGAAGAACUUAUAAUUACUUCAAGCCAAAAUUUCCACGAAACGUCACAUGGUAUCUUAAAAGUUUUACAGUCCUCAGAAAAGAAAAUCUGCUUUUCCACCAAAGACAUAUUAAUAAACGCAGAUCGCAGAGUUAAGUUCAUUGGCCUACAAAUGAGUAUUUUUGAAAGUUACACGGACGAUACCUUGCUGGUUCCCAUAGCUAGUGUGAAAUGGGUGGAACACCUUCGAAUAACUCUGAAACGAGGCAGCUUAAGCUAUUUUUUUAACUCUCUGUCUUUAACCAAUAACCAUCUCAAGAAAAUUGAAGUAUUCGGUGGUUCUCUUGGACUUCACGAGACGCAGGAAUUGGUCAAUUUGAGAUCUUUAAAGGAACUUCAUGGCACAUUUACCAACUCAAGAAGCUUCGAACAUUUGCGACACUUAGUCUAUAUCGGAAUUGGUGGUAAACGAUUUCCAGAGAAUAUGGUUGACAUUUUUGAUUCCAUUGAAGAAGAGCUCACCAUAAGUGUAAUGAAAAGAGAAAUAAGUUAUAACAACAAAACUGGUCGGCUAACACUUUGUGACGUACUUUCAUUGGAUUUUUCCAUUGUGUCCACAAAUAUUGCUUCAUUAGCUUGUCUCAAGGACUUAAAGUCCGUUCGCAUUGUUGGGAACUAUUAUGGGAGAUCACUGCAACUAUUUUUGGCCAAUCUAGCCUCUAAACAAACUCUUCAGGAAGUGAUCGUUGAAUCUGAGAAGGAUGAAAUGGAGUCCAGCGUUUUAACACUCAGCUCAAUUGAGUUAGAAGAAGUGACAGCAAUGAAGUCUCUGAGAACUCUAAAAUGUGGAUUCGAUAUUCCGGAGGAUCUUGAAAUGCUGUCUACUUUACCAGAGCUGACUUGCCUUGUGAUUGGCUUAAAUAAAGUAGAUGUUUUAAAGAGCCUUCUAGGGAAAAUCUCUUUAAAUAAUUUCUCAGUUCCAAACCAAUUGCCAAGCGAGGGAAUAAUUUCAUUCGAAAUUCGGCCCCAACAAAUAUUCAUUAAUGAGCUUAUAAUAUCAAAGAAUAAAGGUGAUACUUACCUUGUCGGAUUUUUACAAUUUUUGAAUUUGGCAAGCGGAUCGAUGCUAAAAAAACUGAUCAUCAAAGGCUCGCCAAUUGAGCAAAGGGAAGCAGAUGAAAUUUCAAAAAUGGAGUCACUGCAGAAGCUCUAUUACAGAUUUUCUGACUUACAAGACAUCAAAAGUCUUUUGAAACUAUCUGAAUUGACAACACUUAUAAUAGGGUGCCGAAGUGCGCCUAUGAUGAAUACAGCAGAGUAUGAGGAGAAAACUUUAAUGUCGCGAGUACCAGAUCACAUUUUACAAGAACUUAUGCCAUCAUAUUUUAAAGGAUCCAAGGCAGUUGCUUAUCAUUUGGACCGCCAAAGAUUGGUGAUUGAGUUGCCACGUGAAGUAUAUUCCCUAAAAGCUAUAUUUGAUCCUAUGCCAGAGGGAUACAUACACACUCUCCAGGAGCUGGUCAUUACAUACAGAUAUCUAGACAUAGAAGAGGUUAAAAGUAUAACGCAAAUCGUAUCAUUAAGAAAACUAAGAUGCGGAUUUGGGCGUGCCAUUAGUUUUUCCCAUUUGCGCAGUCUUACAAAUCUCGAAUGCUUGGAAAUCAAGUCGUAUCCUCAAUUCACGGAAAUAUAUGAUCAUCUUGUGACGUCUCUUCAAGAAUGUCGAAAUCUUCAAUCCAUUGACUUGCAUUUCAAUUCUCGUGUGCAGUUAAUCAGCUGCGAUUUUGUGGAGCGAGCAAUCCAAGCUCUGAAAUUAGCCAGAGAUCCAAAGGUUCGAAGUCCGUUGAGGUUAAGCUGUUUUGUUAGUCUAGUUUUCAUUGAACCGAAUGUUUUCAUUGAUGAAGAGUUUUUGAACCUGUCCAUUAAUAAAUUGCAGAAAGAUGAGUUCUUGUGGAUAUAUUAUGAAACGAAACCCUAUGACUGACGUUAUAUAUAUGAAUAAUAAUUUGGCUGGUACUUUUUAUUUUAGAAUCAUACCUUAUUUAUAGCUAACUUUAUUUCUUUUGAAACUUUCCAUUGCAACUAUGUAUGUGCCGUAGUACUUAGAUGCAAGCUCCGAGUUGUGUUAAUGAACAUGGCGCAAAAAUAAAAACUUAGGCACAUUUCCAGCAAACUCAGCAAUAAAUGGCAUAAUGAAGGAAUUAAUGAGUGGACGAGGGCCAGCGCAAACCGAAUGGGGAAAAACUGGAGAAGCAGCAGCGAGGACGAACUUAUGCAAAUGCAAAUGAAAAUUAAUUUAAUCCGCAGUACGAGUAAAUUUUCCAUUUUAAUUUAAUUACAUGGACACUGCCUACGUGAGCGACAGCUAACCAAAAGCAAAAAAAAAACAAAAAAAAAACAAAAAAGGCAAGGAAAUCAAAUAAAAAACGGACACUUUCAAGCAACCAUUUUUCCCUCCAA